UUGGCCAGAUGGAGUCUGCCAUCACAACCCUCUCUUACAGCGCCGCCCCGGGGAGGGUUUCACAAGCGUCAAGAUGGGCGCUUACAAGUACAUGCAAGAGAUUUACCGAAAGAAGCAGAGUGAUGUCAUGCGCUUCUUGCUGCGUAUACGUGCCUGGCAGUAUCGGCACUUGAACAAGCUGCACCGUGCUCCCAGGCCCACACGCCCUGAGAAGGCCCGCAGGCUUGGAUACAAGGCAAAGCAAGGGUAUGUGAUCUACCGCAUCCGUAUUCGCCGUGGUGGUCGCAAACGCCCAGUACCCAAGGGUGCCACAUAUGGUAAACCCAAGAGCCACGGUGUGAACCAGUUGAAGCCAACCCGUAACUUGCAGUCAUUGGCUGAGGAGCGUACAGGCCGAAGACUUGGUAGCCUGCGUGUGCUGAACAGCUACUGGGUUGCCCAAGAUUCUACAUUCAAAUACUACGAAGUUAUCUUGCUUGACAUUCGCCAUAAUAACAUUCGUAAGGAUGCUUCAAUCAAUUGGAUGUGUAAUCAUACACAUAAGCACCGGGAAAUGCGUGGCAAGACAUCUGCUGGUAGAAAGCAUCGUGGUCUGGGCCGUGGAUUCCGCUACUCAAAGACAAAGGGAGGAUCACGUCGCGCAAGCUGGUUGAAGCGCAACUCCUUGUCUCUCCGCAGGAAGCGUUAAGAUGUAUUAUUUUACUCCAUCUCGGGUUAAUAAAAAAAAAUGAGUACA